GGCUGUAAUUAAUUGAUUAAUACUAAAAUCACCUCACAGCACAGAGAUGCCAGAUCGUCCGCGAAGCAGAGGAAUAUUAGCGCGUGUUUCAAAUCAGAAUUGGGGUAAUGUUCCGGCAAGGCGACGAAUUCCCAAUGAGCUGUCGUCUCUCGACAAGUUUUGUUUUUGGGUCUUUCUCUCUCCCCAAUUUGAAUUCACCACGGCGCAACAUUCUUGCGAUUCUCCUUCGUCGCCUUCUCUCUCCUUCCGCAGGUUUCCUUCAACCUCUCUUUUGCGAUUUGAUCAAAGCAAUCAGAUAACGUGGACGGAGCUUGAACGAGACAGAUAGAUUGUUUUGGGGGCGAGAUAGAUUCUCAUUCUUUGCUGUAAAGAGACAGAAAUGGUGUCGGACAAUGAGAAGGGUUUGGUAUUAGCUGUGGCGUCCACUGUAUUCGUUGGAUCGAGCUUCAUCUUGAAGAAGAAAGGUCUCAAGCGUGCUGCUGCUAAUGGCACCCGAGCUGGGAUUGGAGGAUAUACAUAUUUGUUAGAGCCACUCUGGUGGGUAGGCUUGGUGACAAUGACUUUUGGAGAAAUUGCAAACUUUGUGGCUUACGUUUAUGCACCGGCUGUACUAGUCACCCCUCUCGGUGCAUUAAGUAUAAUCAUCAGUGCUGUUUUGGCACAUUUCUUAUUAAACGAAAAACUUAGGAAAAUGGGGGUUUGGGGAUGUGUUUGCUGCAUCGUGGGAUCAGUUAUGAUCGUCAUACAUGCACCUCAGGAGCACACUCCAAAUUCUGUUGAAGAAAUCUGGAAACUAGCAAUGCAACCAGCUUUUCUAAUCUACGUAGCCACAUCAAUGUCGAUUGUACUGGCUUUGGUUCUCUACUGUGAACCUCUCUGCGGCCAAACAAACAUUCUUGUUUAUAUCGGAAUCUGUUCAUUGAUGGGUUCUCUCACAGUUAUGAGCAUAAAGGCCGUGGGGAUUGCGAUAAAGUUAACAUUGGAGGGGAUAAACCAGAUCUGGUAUGCAGAGACUUGGUUUUUUGUCAUGGUUGCAGCAGUCUGUGUCGUUAUGCAGAUGAUAUACCUGAACAAGACCGUCGGAUCAAAACCUACAAAAGUCAAUUAUAUAAAGGGCGGUGGUGUGCUUCUGAGGGUUCUAGACAACGAGAGCCAUUCAUUCACCCAAAGAAGAAGAAGCAGAGAAGAAGAAGAAGAAGCGAAGGAACAACAAUCAAUCAUGGCGGCUGCUGUAUCAUCUGUUUGGGCAAAGCCUGGUGCUUGGGCUCUGGAUGCGGAGGAACACGAAGCCGAGCUCCAGCAACAAGCCCUUCCUUCCUCCAAACAGGGCAACAACUCCUCCUCCGACUUUCCCUCCUUGGCCGCUGCGGCGACCACCAAAUCCAAGAAGAAGAAGGCCCAAACCUUAUCACUCGCCGAAUUCGCUUCCUACAGCUCUGUCAAGGCGGCACCGGCUCCGCAGACGGAGCGGCUCACUCAGGCUGAGCUCGUCUCCCUCCCCACCGGUCCCCGCGAGCGCUCCGCCGAGGAGCUCGACAGAUCUAAGGGUUUCCGGAGCUAUGGAAGGGAUGACUCGAGGUGGGGUCCGUCUAGGGUUUCGGAAGACGGGGAAAGGAGAGGCACUAGGGACAGGGAUUCCGGUCCGUCGCGUGCGGAUGAGACUGAUAACUGGGCCGCCGGGAAGAAGCCCCAAUCCGUUGGAUUCGACAGGAGAGAGAGAGGCGGCGGAUUCUUCGAAUCUCAGUCUCAGUCCAAGGCUGAUGAAGUCGAUAGCUGGGUCUCGACUAAGCCUUCGGAGCCCCGGAGAGUCGUCGGUAGCGGUGAUAGAUUCGAGAAAAGGGGAAGUUUCGAAUCCUUGUCCAGAAACCGGGAUUCGCAAUACAGCGGCGGCUCUGAUUCGGACAGCUGGGGGAGGAGAAGAGAAGAGACCGGGGGAGCAGCACCUCCGAGCGGCGGAUCAAGGCCGAGAUUGGUGUUACAGCCCCGUACGCUUCCCGUGGCCGCCGUUGUGGAGGUGAAGCCGGAAAGCCCGGUGAAGGCCGCUGUAGAGAAGCCUAAAGGUGCGAACCCUUUCGGGAACGCCAGGCCUAGGGAGGAGGUUUUGGCUGAGAAAGGCCAAGAUUGGAAGGAGAUUGAGGAGAAGCUGGAGGCUGUCAAGUUAAAGGACGUUGCGGCGGCCAUUGAGAAGCCUGAUGCGAGGUCUCCGGGGAAGAUGGGGUUUGGUCUUGGCAAUGCCCAUAAGGACGAUCGUACUGAAAGAAGUUGGAGGAAAAGCUCUGAGCAAUCUGAGGAGGGAGCAGCUGUAGAAGAGCCUAUUAAGGAUGAGGCUAACGAGGAAGCGGCUAACAAGGAAGAGGCUCACGAGGAAGCCUCUAACAAGGAAGAGGCUGAGAACAAAAACUAAAAAGAGUCGUGAGUUAUUUCUAUGAGAAAAGUUGAGUCCUCGAGGUUUAUUUAGCCUAUGAGAAUUUGUGUUGUUAAAUUUGGAUGGUGAUAAGUUUGUGUGUGGAACUCGAUAGAAAAUUUUGGUAGGGUCUUUACAAUCUCUCUCUGAGUCUUCUUUGCAUACUUGUGUCGCAGCUUUUUAGGGUUUUGGGUGUCUUUCUUUGAGUUGUACAAUUUGUUAUUCGUUUCAUGAGUUAUUGUUUUUUUUUCUCGAGUUGAGAGCUUAUUCUUUGUUAUUCGAAUGUACUGUUUCUUUGUGAUUGGAGCGUCGACACAUCGUUACAG